AUGGGGAAUCCAGUCGAUAACAAGUUCACUUGGGUGAUUAAGAAUUUUUGUUCUGUGAGCCCCAAGCCCAUUUAUUCAGAUCAAUUCUUGAUUGGUGGCAACAAAUGGCAUAUUCUGGCCUAUUCCAAGAAACGAGAUGGUCAUCAAUUCCUUUGUCUGGAUCUGGAACUUGUUGAUUGUGAAUUCUUGCCUUCUGAAUGGAGAAAGGUCGUGAAGGUUUCCUUUACUGUCGUAAAUUUUUUCUCGAAGAAACUCUCAAGACAGAUAGGACUAAAACACUGUUUUAAUAAGAAGGAACGAAGCAAGGGUGGAUCCUUGUUUCACCUUAGUGAACUUACGGACAAAAAAAGUGGGUUUCUGGUGGAUGGAGAAGUCGAAAUUGUUGCCCAGAUAACUGUUCUUGAAACUGAUCGCAGAUUUCAUGUAUCGAAGGACUAUAACAUGGAAAUGCAAUGUUGGGAUGGGAUGGCAACGACACUUGUCGAAAACAAAGAGCUCAAUGAUGAUGACAAGGCAGGUUUGGUGAAUGUCAAGGGGUUUCAAGUUCUUCCUUCACAGUUGGGUAUUGUGAAUCGCAUCUUUGAAAAACACCCGGAGACUGCAUUAGAAUGCUGUACGAAGAACCAAGAACUGAGAGCAUCAUACAUAAAUGUCAUCUUUAGCCUAAUCAAGUUGCUCUACAAAGGGGCUCAGGAACACUCCACACAUGAUCUGUCUGAUGCAGAAGGUGCUCUGGCAUACAUGAAAAAUCUAGGGUUUAAGUUGGAUUGGUUGGAGAAGAAACUUGAUGAAGUCAAAGAAAUCAAGAAGAAAUGUGAGCGAGUGACUGAAAUGGAGAAAGAGCUGCACGACUUGAUGAAUAAGCACACAAACGUAAGUAAACUGCUGGAAAAGGAGAAGUUAGAGAUUAAGAAUGCGUCGGCUCCUGAUCUAUCUUUCAGUGAUGUUAUUUGAUUACUCGUGUUCUUAGGGACUUGAUGUUUUGGUUCUGUUUGUUUGUUUUUGUGUUCUAGUCUCUGUUCGUU